AUGCAUAGUAAGGACAACAGAAGCAAUAUACAUCGAUAUUCAGUAUUUCAGGAAAAUGAAAGACGACGUCUUGAUAUAUUUGAUAUCCCCGAUUAUAACGUGCUCAAGAAAUAUUUGCAAUUUCUGGGACAAGAUCCACGACAAUCAGACGGAUUCAGAAACUUUGUUGUAACUAUAAUAGUGAUUAGUCUUGCUGGCAUUAUUGUACCAACGUUAUUAGGACUGUACGUAUCGAUGUGUGACAAAAAUAUAGACGCAGUGAUCGAGAGUCUGCCGCAAUUUGGAGCAGCUUUGACUAGUACUGUUAAGAUACUGAAUAUCCAUUUUAAUAGAGAAAAUUUUAAAAAAUUAUAUGACCUCGUGGUAACGAAGUGCGAGCAGCUGAAGGCAAAUAAUGAAUUGCACGUUUUAGAAGAAAUCACUACACAGGGCAGCAAAAUGGCGCAAAUGUAUCGAAAUACCUUAUUAUCUUUCAUGGGCUUGUACUUGCUAGUUCCACUUGUUUCUCCAAUUUUAGAUUUUGUUUUUCCACUAAAUGAAACUCGACCGCGCCAACAAUUACUGAGAGUUAAAUACAUUUUCUUUGACGAUGAGAAAUACUUCUAUUAUGUAUAUUUGCAAUUAGCUUGGGGGGCAAUGAUAAGUGUGGUGACGAUAGUUACUAUAGAUUCAUUGUAUAUUCUUAUAAUACACUACAGCAGCGGAUUAUUUGCAGUAUGCGGACAUCAAACCCAGAAGGCAACGAAGAAGUCAAACCUACAGUCAAACGAAAAUAUUUCGGGUAGUUAUGGGUAUGAACAAUUAAGAAAUUGCAUUAUCAUGCACGACGAAGCCAUCCAGUUUUACGAUAUCCUAAACGAGAGUAGUCGGAUUAGCUAUUUGAUUCAAGUUGGAUUGAACAUGAUUGGAAUAAGUGCCACAGCUGUUCAGGCUGUCACAAAUUUGGAUAGACCGGGGGAAGCUUUACGAUUUGCUCUAUUUUGUGGAGCUGAUCAGUUUCAUUUGUUUAUACUCAGCCUACCUGGACAAGUACUCCUGGAUCAUUGUGCAGAGCUAGCAAAUAAUAUAUAUUCCUCCACGUGGUACAGAAUACCAGUGAAAACUCAAAAAAUGCUUUACAUGAUGCAAAUACGGAGUCAAAAGCCAUGUACAUUAACGGCUGCUGGAUUUUACGAAAUGAAUAUGGAAAACUUUGGGAAUACGUUCAGGAUGUGUAUGUCAUAUUUCACUAUGAUAAUGUCUCUAAAGCAGUACAUCUGGAAAAUAGGUCUUUUCUCAUCUACGAUUGUAGCUCAUUUAGUAUUUCAGAAAAAUGGAAGAAAAGAUCACGAAAUGUUUAAAAUCUCAUAUUAUAAAGAACUCAAAAUAUACUUACAAUUUGCGGGAAUAUGUCCACAUAAGUAUCAUGGAUUUCAAGAUAUUACUGCAAUUAUAGUGAUAAUUGGUGUUGCAAGCAUUUUGAUUCCAACGCUAUUAGAAUUAUUUAUGUCAAUACGUAACAAAAAUAUGGACGGAGCCCUCGAGUGUGUGCCCCAUUUAAAUGCAGCUGCGGCAUGUUUUGUUAAAUUAGUGAAUAUUCAUUUCCACAGGGAUAAUUUUAAUAAGUUAUACCAAUAUGUGAUAAAGGAAUGGAACGAACUAAAGUUAAAAAAUGAUCUUUCUGUUCUGGAUGAAAUCGUUUUAGAAGGUAACAAAAUGGCACACUUAUAUCGAAGUAAGAAUUUAUGGUUCUAAUAUUUUGCAUUUAACCUAUGGAUUAUAUUUUUUUCAGAUACACUAUUAUCCUUUAUGAUAUUCUUUUUACUGGUCCCUUUAGUCUCCCCUAUUUUGGACGUUAUUCACCCAUUGAAUGAGACUCGACCGCGACAACAAUUGCUAAGAGUUAAUUAUAUUUUUUUCAAUUAUGAAGAUUACUUUUUUUGCGUAUAUCUUCAAUUAGCUGUUGGCUCAAUUAUUGUUGUAGUAUGCGUAAUUGCAGCAGAUUGGUUGUACAUCCUUAUAAUACACCAUAGUGGUGGAUUAUUUGCAGUAUGUGGACAUCAAAUUCAAGAGGCAACGAAAAAUUCGCUCUUAAUCAACAAUAGAGAUACGUUGAAAAGUUGUUCGUAUAAGCAAUUCAAAAAGUGCGCGAUCAUGCAUAAGCAAGCCAUUCAGUUUUACACUCUUCUAAACGAAAGCAGUCAAAUUAGUUAUUUGAUUCAGGUUGGAAUAAAUAUGAUUGGUAUAAGUGUGACAGCAGUCCAAACUGUUGUAAAUUUAAAUAAACCAACGGAAGCUCUUCGAUGUGCUGUAUUUUGUGGUGCCAACCAAUUUCAUUUGUUUGUACUCAGCUUACCUGGACAAGUCCUCUUGGAUCAUUGUUCUCAACUAACAGAUACUAUAUACUGCUCUACAUGGUACAAGACACCAGUUCAAAUCCAGAAAAUAAUUUACAUGAUGCAAAUAAGAUGCCAGAAGCUAUGUACAUUAACUGCAGGCGGAUUGUAUGAUAUGAACAUGGAAAAUUUUGGAACGACUUUCAAAACGUGCAUGUCGUACUUCACUAUGAUCUUGUCCCUGAGACAAUAA